CAAUUCUUUGUAAAAGGAGUGACACUUAGACACAGAUAAACAAACAGGAAAAAAGGCAAGACGAAAGCCAGUGUAGUACUGGCAUGGCAUCUUUGGUUCAAGCUGUUGUUCUGGUGGCUCUUGCAACUUCAUUUUUUCCUGCAUUUGUGGAGUCGAUUGUUCGUCAUUACAAGUUCACUGUGGUGAGGAAAAAUGCAACAAGAUUGUGUGCAACUAAGCCUAUUAUCACUGUAAAUGGAAAAUUUCCAGGGCCAACUCUCUAUGCUAGAGAAGAUGAUACAGUGCUUGUAAGGGUUGUCAACCAUGUCCAAGACAAUGUUACCAUCCAUUGGCAUGGAGUCAGACAACUUCGGACAGGAUGGUCGGACGGACCAGCAUAUAUUACUCAAUGCCCAAUACAGACAGGGCAAAGCUAUCUCUACAACUUCACCCUCACUGGGCAAAGAGGUACCCUUCUUUGGCAUGCACAUAUCAACUGGCAAAGGGCAACGGUACAUGGUGCCAUCGUCAUCUUGCCCAAACGGCGCGUUCCUUAUCCAUUCCCCAAGCCAGAAAAGGAAGAAAUUAUAAUAUUAGGAGAAUGGUGGAGUUCAGAUGUUGAGGCAGUAAUCAACCAAGCAAUGAAAAUGGGAGUGGCUCCCAAUGUAUCAGAUGCACACACCAUCAAUGGCCAUCCUGGACCUGCACCAAAUUGUUCUUCAAAGGGUUACACCCUACAUGUGGAGAGUGGCAAGACCUACUUGCUCCGUAUCAUUAAUGCAGCAUUGAACGAAGAGCUCUUUUUCAAGAUUGCAGGGCACAAUUUGACUGUUGUUGAGGUCGAUGCAUCUUACGUUAAACCCUUCAAGACGGACACCAUUUUCAUCGCUCCAGGACAGACAACAAACGCCAUUCUCACUGCUGAUCAGAGUGCUGGAAAGUACUUAAUAGCCGUUUCUCCUUUUAUGGACACCAUAGUUGCCACUGAUAAUCUAACUGCAACCGGAACAGUCCACUAUCUAGGAACUGAUGCACUUUCCCCUACUGCUCUCACUACCAUUCCCUCUCGAAAUGCUACCCCAGUAACCAACAUUUUUGUAGACUCCCUACGGAGCCUAAACUCGAAAAAAUACCCUGCUAAUGUUCCAUUGACAAUUGAUCAUUCGUUGCUUCUAACUAUGGGUAUUGGUGUUAAUCCUUGCGCUACUUGCCAAAAUGGAAGCAGAGUUGUGGCAGCUAUCAAUAAUGUUACCUUUGUCAUGCCUACUACUGCUAUCCUCCAAGCACAUUAUUAUAAUAUAAGUGGUGUCUACACCGCGGAUUUCCCUGGAAAUCCAUCAAUACCUUUCAACUAUACUGGCACUCCACCAACAAAUUUGCAGACACAAAAUGGUACAAAAGUUUACAAAGUUGAAUUUAAUUCAACUGUCCAGGUAGUGCUCCAAGGAACUUCUAUCAUAGCACCAGAGAGCCAUCCAACACAUCUACACGGAUUUAAUUUCUUUGUAGUUGGGAAAGGAGUUGGAAAUUAUGAUCCUAAAAAUGAUCCAAAGAAGUUCAACCUUGUGGAUCCAGUUGAGAGGAAUACUAUGAGUGUACCAACUGCUGGAUGGACUGCCAUUAGAUUCCGAGCAGAUAAUCCUGGUGUUUGGUUUAUGCACUGUCAUUUGGAGGUUCAUACAACAUGGGGACUUAAGAUGGGAUUCCUGGUGGAAAAUGGAAAAGGCCCUAAUCAAUCAAUCCUACCUCCUCCAAGUGAUCUUCCAAAAUGCUAAAGAAAAUUUCACCAAAUUGACAUACGAAUUGGAAAUGAAAGCUUCACAGAAGUCAGUUGUGAAGUUCAACUAGUUGAGUGAAUAAAAUGUUUAGGACCACAAGUUUGAUCGUUUUGGAAGAUGUACGAGGAGAAGUCUCUUGAGUCUUUUGGUGAAACACAACUUCAAUCUUGAUUA